AUGCCAUCAUCAGAUAAGAGGUCCCUGUCAUCAGAAAGGCUCCAAUAUUCAGCAGAUCCAGUCCAAAGCGUAGGAGUUACAUCAGCUGGUACUAGGAACAGUCAACUCCAUAUUAGAAGAGGUUCUAGUGAUUUGUCUGCUCUAAGGAACAUUGUAGACACUCCAAUCACUGGACAACUGGAGUACCAAACGAAGUAUGGAGAUGCUUACAUACAGGAUCCAGGGACUACUAGCCUCCAUGAGUUGAUGGUCAAGCAUGGAGUCACUAAUGAGCAGUUGGAUCGAGAGAUUGAACAAGACGAUCUUGCUCCAGUAGCUAUGCACUUUGAUGCUGUGGAGUUCUACCUCAACCCACUGAAGUUGACUGACAAUGAACAAACAGAUGUGAAGAGAGACGCUUUUGUUAAAGGCAAUCAAGUGGCAGUGAUCAACUGUUUGUCAAUCUGGAGGGGUCACAGACCCAGCGAAGCAACCUUCAGAGCACUGAUUAGGAUCUUAUUGGAUCUGAGGAAGGAAGAGAUUACUACCACGAUCUGUCAGUACCUGAAAGAAAUUGUAAUUCACUGUUGCACAGUUUAA